AAGACGUCUUCAUGCUCUACCGUCUUUCAUCGUUCUGGAGCAGUUUCUUCAGCGUCAUCGUCACCAUCGCUGUAGGAGUUGUUAUCAGCCUCCUCACAGGCGGACGGAAAACUGCUGCCAUGCACGAACACCUGGUCGACGACACGCUGCGUACAGCGUGGAGGAAAUCGACGCGCCGUCGAGGCAGCCAACGCAACGAGCAGACGCCCAGUGCACCGGUGUCUACUACCGAAAGAACAUCCCGUAUUGCAGAAGAUGUUCCCAAGCUCGCUAUCGACAAGGAAGAACUCGAGAGAUUAACGAAAGAAACACAAGUGUGAUGAUAACUCUUUUGUAAAAAGUGGCACUUCAUUAUUGAGAUCAACACAAACGUCAUACCAUAAAUAAAUUUUAAUUUGCCUUGGUUUUAGGCCAUUAUAUAUA